GAAAGAGGAGGAUAACAGACAGACUAGUUUGCAUGAAUUGAGGAGAAAGUUCAGUUCCUCGAAUGAGAAACUCACAGCCUCAGACUGCACUGCAGGCAUAGGUGACAGACAGACCCAUCAUACCCCUCUCUCUCUCUCUCUCUUGCAUAUAAAAUGCAAGGCAUGGAAGCCCUAAAACCCAUCUGAUCUUAUCUGAUCUUCCCUCUCCUGGUGCUGGCCCUCCAGUUCUUUCUCCAGAUGAGAAUGGCUGUGCUGAGCUCGGUUCUUCUUGCUUUCUGCUUCCAGUUCACUGCAUUUGCUUUUGCAGCGCCGCCUGUUCUUGAAGGGCUGCUCCCAAAUGGCAACUUCGAAGAGGCACCUAGCAAAGCCAACCUCAAGAAGACGCUGAUCCAAGGAAAACACUCCCUCCCCAAAUGGGUAAUCAAGGGCCGGGUCGAGUAUAUCUCCGGCGGUCCGCAGCCCGGCGGAAUGUACUUCGCCGUCAACCAUGGCGUCCACGCCGUCCGGCUGGGCAACGAGGCCUCCAUCUCCCAGACAAUCCCCGUCAAAAAAGGUGCUCUCUACGCCCUCACGUUCGGCGCAUCGAGGACUUGCGCCCAAGACGAGGUUCUCCGAGUCUCCGUCCCGCCGCAGGUCGGCGACCUGCCCCUCCAAACUCUCUACAGCAGCAACGGCGGCGACACCUACGCCUGGGGCUUCCGAGCGGCCUCUGAUCUCGCCACCGUCAUCUUCCACAACACCGGCGUUCAGGAGGAUCCCAGCUGCGGCCCCCUCCUCGACGCCGUCGCCAUCAAAGAGCUCUUCCCUCCGAGACCCGCUCGAGGCAAUUUGGUGAGAAACGAGGGUUUCGAGGAGGGGCCGCACCGGCUGCUUAACAGCUCGAACGGCGUUCUGCUGCCGCCGAAGCAGGAAGAUCUGACCUCCCCUCUCCCCGGCUGGAUCAUCGAAUCCCUAAAGGCGGUGAAGUUCAUCGACAAGAGGCACUUCAACGUGCCGUUCGGCGUGGCGGCGAUUGAACUGGUCUCGGGGAGGGAGAGCGCCAUCGCGCAGGUGAUCAGAACGGUCCCGAACCAGAUCUAUAAGCUGAGCUUCGCCCUCGGAGACGCGAAGAACGGCUGCCACGGAUCGAUGAUGGUGGAGGCGUUCGCCGGAAACGCGACGGUAAAGGCGCCCUUCGAGUCGCAGGGACUGGGGAAAUUCAAGACGGCGAGCCUCAAGUUCAAAGCCCUUUCCAUCCGGACAAGGCUCACCUUCUUCAGCUCGUACUAUCACACCAGCGCUCACGACAUGGGAGCUCUGUGCGGACCUGUUCUGGAUCAAGUUGAGGUCUUCCGUAUCGCAUAAGAUUGAUGGGUUUGCUUUGGAAGUUGAUUUAGAUAUGGAACCUUGUCUUCUGUUAAUCAGACCACAAUCCACGAGAGAUUCAUUAAUGUUCGUUCGUACUCUGUUGAGAGAGUUAUUUAAUCUAUUGCUAUUAGGUACUGUUAGAUUAUAGACAGCCUACACUUAAUGUACUAAAAACUUGGAAGUUGAGUCUCAAAACUUAUUUUAAAGUUACAAACUUCUUUCAUGGGGAAUGCGCUAUAUAUAUAUAUAUAUAUUUUAAAGAA